UUCCUUUCUUUUUUUUGUUUCCCAUCACUUCUCACUUCACCUCCUCAAAAGAUUCCUCGGAUCAUCAUCAUCAACAAUGGCUAUGGCUACGCGCGCGAUCCGCUGCCAGCUACCGUCUCUUGUUACCAGAUGCGAAUCCUCGGAACCUAUUAAGCAGAUCCAGAUCCAGCAGCGACCGAGAGGAGGCGAUCUAGCCGAGAACGGGAAGAUCGUGCUUCAGCCGAGGCUCUGCACGCUGAGAUCUUACGGAUCUGAGAUGAUUGUCGCUAAAAAAGACGGCGGCGGAGGCGGAGAUGAAGGAUCUGAGGUCGAGUUAGCGUCGCCGUUUUUUGAGACGCUCACUGAUUACAUCGAGAGCUCGAAGAAGAGUCAGGACUUCGAAACCAUCUCCGGCCGUCUCGCCAUGAUCGUUUUCGCGGCGACUGUGGCGGAGGAGGUUGUUACGGGGAACUCGUUGUUCAAGAAACUUGACGUGGAAGGGUUGAGUGAAGCUAUUGGAGCGGGACUUGGAGCUAUGGGAUGCGCAGCGGUGUUCGCGUGGCUAACGAUUUCGAGGAAGAGAGUUGGGCGGAUCUUUACAGUGAGUUGCAACUCGUUUAUUGACUCGUUGGUCGAUCAGAUCGUUGAUGGGUUGUUCUACGACACCAAGCCUAGUGAUUGGUCCGACGAAAUCUAAAUCUGUUUAUAGAUUUCGUCUUGAGUACCACUACAAAUGUAUAAUUAGUGUAUAAACGUCGUCUAUAAUAGUAUACUAUACGUACUAUAGUUGUUGUUGAUCUUCAAUUAUAAUUUCUUCAUGGUGGUUGAUGAAGAUGAUAUUGAAAGUCUGUGUAACUUGUUCUUCUAUAUCAAAAUAUAAGAAAUAAUCUGUGACUGGA